AUGGGAUUCUUUGGAGUUGUUAAAGGAGGGGUUGGUGUGAAAAGUGAAGCAAAGGUCAAAGAACUUAUUGAUGGGGAUACUAAGACUUGGAAAACAAAGUUGGUAAAAGACAUUUUAAAUGAAGAAGAGGCAAUUCUUGUCUGCAGCUUACCUAUUAGUUCAUCAGGUCUACCUGAUAAAUUAAUUUGGGCUCAUACUAAGACUGGUCAGUUUGAUGUCAAAAGUACAUAUCAUCUAGAGUUGUGCAGGAAAAAUAGAGAAAAGAGGGAGGUAUCGAAAUCUGGUACAGAGAAUUGGAAGGUGUUGUUGCAGUUAAAUGUACCUGGUGUAGUUAAAAUGUUUCUUUGGAAAGCAAUGAAUAACUGUCUUCCUAUAAAAUUUUACUUGUCUUGCAGGAAGAUUGUUAAAGAUUACUUCUGUCCAAUUUGUAAAAUGCAGAAGGAAACAGUUUCUCAUGCUCUAUGGAGCUGUGGUGGAGCUAUGGAUGUUUGGGCAGAUAAUCUUAGUCCUGUGCAGAAAUGGGCAUCUAUUGAGAAGGAUAUACAAGAGUUAUGGGCAGACUGGUGUAAUAAAUUGAAAAGAGAAGAAUUGGAGUUAACGACAGUAGUACUGAGAAGGUUUUGGAUGAGGCGAAACAGCUUUGUGUUUGAAAAUAAAUUUGAAGGGCCUGAUGUGAUUUUUAGGCAAGCCACUGACUUUCUGCUUCAGUUUCAGGAAGCUUAA